CUUCGCCGCCAUGGCCUCCGGAUUCAUGCGCCUCAAUGAGCGCCAUCAGCGUCCAAACGAACACAUCGACUUCAUCGUCCCAAUCCGACAGAAUCCCGACCACGCCGUCGCAGAGGACUUCCUCAAUCGCAUCGCUGCACAAUGCUAUCCUGUCAUGAAGAAGCACGGGAUCAAGGUCAGACGACUAGACGAGUACGAAUACAACACCGAGUUCUUGGGACGGAAUUUCAAUGGCGGCGAGACGAUACAACUCGUGCUCAAGGACAAGCAAGGCCACUGGCUGAGCUUCAAGUUUGUGCAAAUGGUCAUGAUGCACGAGCUGGCGCAUUGCAAGCAGAUGAAUCACAGCCGCGCGUUUUGGGCAGUGCGUAAUGAGUACGCGAAGCAGAUGGAAGAUCUUUGGAAGGACAAAUACGUUGGCGAGGCUAUUUGGGGACGUGGGCGUGAUCUCACCAGUGGAGCAUUUACUCACGAUCAUCUGCCAGAUGCAAGUCAGAUUCCGGAGCAUCUGUGUGGAGGUACAUAUCGAAAGAGGGGACGCAAGCGGAAGCGUGGUGCUCAGGACGGUGAUCAGUCUGAGAAGGUCAGCUACGCGGAACGCCAGCAGCGGCGCAUUGCAAAGAAGUUUGGCAAACACGGGGAGGGCUCCACUGUGGGCGAAGACGACCUCUUGAGAGGCGCACUGGAGACCAUGAACGGCGGCAAGAGACGACAGGGAAAGCCCAAGGUGGCAAAGAGCAAGCGUGGCAGAGACCUCGCAGCCAAUGCAGCACUUGCGCGGAUUGCACAGGCUCAAGCCGAAGCAAAGAAAGAGGAGACACCGGAAUUGGAUGAUGGAUCAGACAGUGAGACCGAGUCGGACUGGGACGAGCACGGCGCUUUGACUGGCUCUGAUGCUGUGGUGAUCAAAAACGAAGAGGGUGAUGAUCUCUACCGGGUCUGCGGUGGUGAGGAGGACGGCGAAGAUGGCGCUGGAAGAGAAAUGGCAGAGCUUAGAAUGCUUGCCAAAGGAUCGACCAGCAGACCAGCGAAACCUGACUCUGGUAAAACGCCAGCUGUCAAGCCUCCAGCACCUGGGCAGCCCGGAUACGAAGACUCGGAGACAGAAAGCGAGGGUGAAGAGCAACCGAAAGCAUCAGGGCUUUCGAAGACUCGUGAGAUCGACCACACGAAUGCCUCUCGACUCGGACCACUCGUCGAAGUUCAUGCCAACAAACGCCUUCCCCGGCCGACAGGGCCUGGCAACGAUGCAGCAACGACACUAAGUACUCUCAAUUGCCCAAUAUGCUCCCUCGAGAACGAACCCGAUUCAGCUCUUUGCAUCGCCUGUUCCAACGUCCUACGCACCAAACUGGUGCCAGGGCAUUGGCGGUGCAAGAGUGAAGCGUGCAAGGGUGGCAAGUACAUCAACCCAGGAGACUUUGGACGAUGUGGAGUGUGCAGUGCUCCAAAGCCUGCUGCUGCCGCGAACAGCAAUGCUGCCAACGGCAGGGCGCCGGGUCUGACCAGAGCUGAAGUCCUGAGAUGGGAUUGA